AUGGAGCGCUGGGACUCACUGGGAUUUUUGGUUGUCACACUCAACUACAAUGUGACUAUUGUAGGAAAGGUCUGGCUGAUGGUCAUAGUUCUGCUGCGCAUGGCAGUGGUAGUGUUAGCAGGGUACCCGCUUUACCAAGAUGAGCAGGAACGCUUUGUCUGCAACACCCUGCAGCCAGGAUGCUCCAAUGUUUGCUAUGACUUGUUCUCUCCUGUAUCUCACUUCAGAUUCUGGCUCAUCCAGACUGUGUCUAUCCUGCUGCCUUACGCUGCAUUCAGCAUUUAUGUUUUGCACAAGGUAGCUAUGUAUGUUGUAAGAAUGCACUGUUUGGUGCAUGGAUGCAAAGGGAGUGAGGGUUUAUCAAGGCCCAAAAACCUGAAGGAGCUCUGCAGAAGUGCUGUUGAUAGAUUAGAUUGUGGUGCAGACAAUCUAAGUGUCCUUAACUUUUCUGGGGCAUAUACUGUUCAUCUUUUUUUUAGGACACUACUUGAGGCUGCCUUUGCAGCUGGGCAGUAUUUUCUUUUUGGAUUUUUUGUUCCUGAUCGCUUUUCCUGCUACCAUUCGCCUUGCACAAGCACAGUUGACUGCUACAUCUCCCGGCCCACUGAGAAAUCCAUCAUGAUGAUUUUCAUCUGGGGGAUCAGCAGUCUGUCCUUUCUGCUUAGCCUCGCUGAUCUCGUCUGUGCUCUCCGGAGAAUGAUGGCAAGAAACCAAAAGAACAAGCUGCUGACAAACCUCGAUGUAGACAACGAGUGCAUUUUAAAUCUCUCCCCUGUCCAGCAAAGUGGCUCAUCUCAACCUCAAAAUAAGGACUGUCCAGUAUCAAAUAGCAGUGAUGGCUCCUGCUCACUCCUCUCUGAAGAGGAAGAAGAGGCUGUUCUUCAUCCUGAAGUGGUCUCUCAGCAAACUGCCAGCACUAACCUGAACAGCAACAGCAAUAAGCCCUGCAUAUCAGAUCUUGCUACUAAGCAAGAUAGCACUGAAGAACCCUUGUGUGCAGGUGACCACCAAGGAACUACAUGCAGGCAAGUGAGACCCAGGCUUCAGCAAGACUUCAUUAAAGAUACGGCCCUGACUCCUCACCUUGGAGUUUCUUCCUCUGUAGUUCAGAGCAAGCUUUUAAGAUAUUACCCUUCAGCUGAGCUAAAAAACCCUGAUGCAGAAUCAAAUUACAGCAGUACUAGUUGCUUGAGGUCAAAAAAGUCAGAAUGGGUAUAG